CUUAGGGGAGUGAGGUCUGUCUCGCGCUCGUGCUCGCGCUCGCGCUCUCUUUACUCCCUCCGUCAGCUGUCUCGCGUGGCCCGGGUCUCCGGUUGCGCGCGCGGCCUCGGGGCGAGAUGAGGCGGGCAGCGCUGCGGCUUUGUACCUUCAGCAAGGGGCUGCGUGCUCCUGGCAGAGGCCUCACUCAAGGAUCCCAGGAUCCCGAGAAACAGAAUGUCUUCCACAUGCAUGAAGCAUGUUCACCUAUACAUGUGAAUCACGUUCGUGAUAAGUUGCGGGAGAUAGUAGGAGUCUCCACAAACUGGAGAGACCAUGUGAAAGCAAUGGAGGAAAGAAAAUUACUUCAGAGUUUCUUGGCUGACUCACAGAAAGGACUGCCACCCAGGAGAAUGAAAGACAGUUAUAUUGAGGUUCUCUUGCCUUUGGGUAGUCAGCCUGAAUUACGAGAGAAAUACUUGACUGUUCAAAACACCAUCAGAUUUGGCAGGAUUCUUGAGGAUCUUGACAGCCUAGGAGUUCUUAUUUGCUACAUGCACACCAAGAUUCAUUCAGCUAAGAUGUCUCCUUUGUCUAUAGUUACAGCCCUGGUGGACAAGAUUGAUAUGUGUAAGAUGAGCUUAAGCCCAGAACAGGACAUCAAGUUCACUGGCCAUGUUAGCUGGGUUGGGAAGACAUCCAUGGAAGUGAAGAUGCAGAUGUUUCAGUUACAUGGUGAUGAAUUCUGUCCUGUUUUGGAUGCAACAUUUGUAAUGGUGGCUCGUGAUUCUGAAAAUAAAGGGCCGGCAUUUGUAAAUCCACUCAUCCCUGAAAGCCCAGAGGAAGAAGAGCUCUUUAAACAAGGAGAAUUGAACAAGGGGAGAAGGGUCGCCUUCAGCUCCACGUCAUUACUGAAAAUGGCUCCCAGUGCCGAGGAGAGGACAACCAUACAUGAGAUGUUUCUUAGCACGCUGGAUCCAAAGACUAUAAGUUUUCAAAGUCGAGUUUUACCCCCUAAUGCGGUGUGGAUGGAGGAUUCAAAACUGAAGAGCUUGGAAAUUUGCCACCCUCAGGAGCGGAACAUUUUCAAUCGGAUCUUUGGCGGUUUCCUUAUGAGGAAAGCAUAUGAACUUGGAUGGGCUACUGCUUGUAACUUUGGUGGUUCCCGACCGUUCGUAGUGGCAGUGGAUGAUAUCAUGUUUCAGAAACCUGUUGAGGUUGGAUCACUGCUGUUUCUUUCUUCGCAGGUUUGCUUUACUCAGGACAAUUACAUUCAAGUCAGAGUACACAGUGAGGUGGCCUCUCUUGAGAAUAAAGAGCACAUGACCACCAAUGUCUUUCAUUUCACGUUCAUGUCAGAAAAAGAAGUGCCCUUGGUUUUCCCCAGAACCUACGGAGAGUCCAUGUUGUAUUUAGAUGGGCAGCGGCAUUUCAACUCCAUGAGAGUACCAGUGACCUUGAGGAAAGACUAUGUUGUGGAGCCCUAGGAGAACCAUGCAUGUUCCAGAGCAGCACUCCACAGUGGCAUGGUGCCCGCUGAAAGCCCGAUCAAGUGUUGGUUUCAGUCUUUAUUCUCAUCCUCUGUUGAGAAAAAGAAUGUAUUCAACCUUUAGGGUGAUCAGCAGAGCAGAACAAGAGAGUGGCUGAUGGGGCAGAGGGAGAGGGAGUUACUAAACAAUAAACACUCUCAAGACAAUUUAAAUUA